CUAACCACCAAAGUAAAAAAAUAAAAUAAAACAGAAGGGAGUAACCCGGAAGUGACGACACAAACAGAGGAACUGAGAGAGGCCGGUAAAUGAAGAAAAAAACACUCCAAAGUUCUAAAACGUACUGGAUCUUGUUUUUUCACCUUUCAACGUUUCUUAAAGUGUCUUCUUGUGAGCGUCUGACUGGAAAGAGUCAAAUAUUGACUGCCCCAAGGGGAAGGGAGUGCCUUCUCGACGACCAGCAAAUCAAAGAGCGUGGUACUAGUUAACCCGACCGAGUGUGUGAAGAGCAGUGUGUGGCCAUAGUGAGUGAGCAGCUUUCCCUAUGUGUGUGACAAUGGGCGACAUCAGCGACUUGGACCGACAGAUUGAACAGCUCAGACGCUGUGAACUUAUUAAGGAAAACGAAGUGAAAGCGCUUUGUGCCAAAGCCAGAGAGAUUCUGGUUGAAGAAAGCAAUGUCCAGAGAGUUGACUCUCCUGUAACGGUCUGUGGCGAUAUACAUGGUCAGUUCUAUGACUUGAAGGAGCUUUUUAGAGUUGGUGGUGAUGUCCCAGAGACCAAUUAUCUCUUCAUGGGAGACUUUGUAGACAGGGGCUUCUACAGUGUGGAAACAUUCCUCCUCCUGCUAGCUCUUAAGGUGCGUUACCCAGACAGGAUAACUCUGAUUCGGGGAAAUCAUGAGUCCCGGCAAAUCACCCAGGUCUACGGAUUUUAUGAUGAGUGCCUCAGAAAAUACGGCUCUGUCACAGUAUGGAGAUACUGCACUGAGAUUUUUGACUACUUGUCCCUUUCUGCUAUCAUUGAUGGCAAGAUAUUUUGUGUGCAUGGUGGCUUAUCGCCUUCCAUCCAGACACUGGAUCAGAUCCGGACCAUUGACAGAAAACAGGAAGUGCCUCAUGAUGGGCCCAUGUGUGACCUGCUUUGGUCGGACCCAGAAGACACUACAGGAUGGGGUGUGAGUCCCAGAGGUGCUGGUUACCUGUUCGGUAGUGAUGUGGUGGCCCAGUUCAAUGCUGCCAAUGACAUUCACAUGAUUUGCCGAGCACAUCAGCUGGUCAUGGAAGGCUAUAAGUGGCACUUUAACGAAACAGUGCUCACUGUGUGGUCAGCACCCAACUACUGCUACAGAUGUGGUAACGUGGCUGCCAUUUUGGAGCUGGAUGAACAUUUACAACGAGAGUUCAUCAUAUUUGAAGCGGCGCCACAGGAAACAAGAGGCAUUCCAUCGAAGAAGCCAGUUGCAGACUAUUUCCUGUGAAGUCUUAGGAAUGAAUUUCCCCAGUCGCCAUAUAACAUUUUGAACUCCGUGCAGUUUGACUGAAAAGCUGCAGAACCCUGACAAUGUCAAAACCAUCAGAUCAUGUUUCUUCUCUUUCUCACACUAUAAAUUCAACUCCUCACUCAUGUAAAUUUAUUUUCAAUAUGGCACGUAGGAGUAUUUUUCCUUUUUGAGAAAAAAAAAUCUUUAGGUUUCACAAUUUAUAAUGUGAUAAUUGGCGAGCUGGCCAAAGUGAGGCACUGUAUUUACUGUUCUUUUGUCAUUGGUUCUUUUUAAUCUAAUCUCUCUAGAUUUAUCCAUUUUGAUAUUGUCAGAAUAAAGCUUUUGUAUUGGUGUUUUUGCUAAAUAAAAGCCACUUGUGCUUAAUGUUAAAAUGGCUUGUUCCUAAACUCAUUCACUGGACCAAAGGUGCUUUCACGUAUGCAGUCUUUAGACUAGGGCUGGGGACACCUUUUUCCGAUAACAUCUUCAUUAUUAAGUCCCCCGCAGGGGCCAGACGAAAUUAGUUGGUGCCUACUUAGUUUUUUUGUUUUUUUUUUUAUAUUUGAGCUUCACACGAUCAGGAUUUUUGGAGCCAAUCAGAGAGUUUCAAAAAAACUAUCACUGAUCCGAUCACAAGAUGGAGCAAUGUGUCUAUUUAAAUGACUUGUUCAUUUUCUGUAUAUACUUGUGUACUGUACACUGAGUAUCUUCAGAAGUAUUCUCUAGCAUUUCAGACCAAAUGCAAACCAUCAAUGACCUCUAGGGGGCAUUCAAGGAUUGGCCACUGACAUAGUUUGUACAGAAAGUAUUCAGACCCUCUUAAAUUUUUCACUUUGUUAUAUUGCAGCCAUUUGCUGAAAUCAUUUGGGGUUUUUUCUCAAUGUACACACAGCACCCCAUAUUGACAGAAAGUAUUCAGACCCUUUGCUGUGACAUAUUUAACUCUGGUCCUGUCCAUUUCUUCUGAUCAUCCUUGAGAUGGACUUGAUUAGGAAAGCCACACGCCUGUCUGUAUAAGACCUUACAGCUCACAGUGCAUGUCAGCAAAUGAGAAUCAUGAGGUCAAAGGAACUGCCUGAAGAGCUCAAACAGAAUUGUGGCAAGGCACAGAUCUGGCCAAGGUUACAAAACAAAUUCUGCUGCACUUAAGGUUCCUAAGAGGACAGUGGCCUCCAUAAUCCUGAAAUGGAAGACGUUUGGGACGACCAGACCCUUGCUAGAGCGGGCCGUCCGGCCGAACUGAGCAAUCGGGGGAGAAGAGCCUUGGUGAGAGAGGUCAAGAAGAACCCAAAGAUCACAGUGGCUGAGCUCCAGAGAUGCAGUCGGGUGAUGGGAGAAAGUUCCAGAACAUAGGUGUCAAACUCAAGGCCGGGGGCCUGAGGCGGCCUGCCACAUUCUAUGUGGCCUGCGAAAGCAGAUCAUGCUCUUCUGUGAUUUUUGCCAAAAUCUGUACCCAAAUUCCAAAUUGUCAUAAUAAUAAACAAUAAUGUUGAGAUAUUGCAUUUUUCUGUUACCAAACCCUUCUUCAACAGUAACUUAAACAAUACUUGAACAAAUUAUCAAUUAUUAUCCUUGUCUUCUGAUUUCAAAACUAGUUAGCCCUCAAUUUGUUGCGUAAUGGUAGUAAUAUGAUUUGGUGAUAAAACAUUUCACUGUUCUAAUGGCCCUCUGAGGGGAAUCAUAACUACAAAGACAAAAAUGAGUUUGACAUCCUAGAAAGUUCUCGAAAGUCAACCAUCACUGCUGCCCUCCACCAGUCGGGACUUAAUGGCAGAGUGGCCCGACGGAAGCCUCUCCUCAGUGCAAGACGCAUGAAAGCCCGCAUGGGGUUUGCUAAAAAAACACAUGAAGGACUCCAAGAUGGUGAGAAAUAAGAUUCUCUGGUCUAGAACUUUUUGGCCUUAAUUCUAAGCAGUAUGUGUGCCGAAAACCAGGCACUCCUCAUCACCUGUCCAAUACAGUCCCAACAGUGAAGCAUGGUGGUGGCAGCAUCAUGCUGUGGGCGUGUUUUUCAGCUGCAGGGACAGGACGACUGGUGGCAAUCGAAGGAAAGAUGAAUGCGACAAAGUACUGGAAUGAAUAUCCUGGACGAAAACCUUCUCCAGAGUGCUCAGGACCUCAGACUGGGCCGAAGGGUCACCUUCCAACAAGACAAUGACCCUAAGCACAUAGCUAAAAUAAUGGCAUGGCUUCAGAUCAACUCCGUGACUGUUCUUGAUUGGCCCAGCCAGAGCGCUGACUUAAACCCAAUUAAGCAUCUCUGGAGAGACCUGAAAAUGCUGUCCACCAACGUUCACCAUCCAACCUGAUAGAACUGGAGAGGAUCUGCGAGGAGGAAUGGCAGGUGUGAAAAAGGUGUGCAUCAUUCCCAAAAAGACUCAAGACUCAUGUAUUAGCUCAAAAGGGGGCUUGCCUCUACUAAAUACUGAGCAAAGGGUCUGAAUACUUAUGGCUGUGUGAUAUUUCAGUUUUUCUUUAUGAAUAAAUCUGCAAAAAUGUCAACAAUUCAGUUUUUUUUCUGUCCAUAUGGGGUGCUGUGUGUAACAUUGAGGACAAAAACUAUUUGAGCAAAUGACUGCAAUAUAACAAAAAAUCCCAAAAUGUAAGGGGGUCUGAAUACAUUCCGUACCCACUGUAUAUAAUUCUUCUCCUGGUAUUUCAAAGAAGGCGGCAUGGUGGAAACAUCUACCUCACAGUUCUGAGGUCCCGGGUUCAAAUACGGCCUCCUCUGUGUGGAGUUUGCAUGUUCUCCCCGUGCCUGCGUGGGGUUUCUCCGGGUACUCUGGUUUCCUCCCACAUCCCAAAAGCAUGCCGGGUAGUGUAGCGGUUACGCUCGAUGGAAAAGUUGGCAACGGAAACCCCCAACAACUGGUAACCUCUGCAUUCCUGACUUCUGACCCACUAAACCAGUCUGUUUGCACAAGACACAGGAGACCUGGUUUUCUUCUCAACUGGGACACAAACUAGUCAUCAUCCACCCCCCCACCACCACCACCACCAGCCAUCCUGACUGCUUUCUCUCCAACAAAGACCCUUUUUUUUGGAAGGUUUUGGAAACCCUCCUUUGAAAUGGGACUAUUCGAGACAGGUUGACAACAAUGAAAUAACUAUUUGCCGCCUUUUGCUGGAACUCAAAAUGAAGCACAAUGAACCGGACGCUCUGGGAUCAUUGGUGGAACAUUAGUGACACCCGCUGGCGUUCAAGAGUUACUGCAAGCCGGGAACUGGUGCCCGGCAGUUUUCACCGAAUUUCAUGUCUGCUUGAUAUUUUGCAAACUUCCAACACGUCUGCUGGUUGAAUCUGUUUGUCAACCGGAUAUGAUUGUAUUUACCUCAGAACAAACACAGAAAUGUUACAUAAUAAACAUUGUGUUCUUAGCCACCAAAUAAGGUGGAAACACUGAUUGCAUAGAUUAACCAUGAUGUGUGUGUGUGUGCGUGACAAUGCAAACGCUGUUUGUGCAGAAAAGUGACUUUGACCACUUGUAUAAUAGCUUGUGCAAAUAUGCUGUUGUAAACCUGUUUACGGGAUGGGGCGCAAAAGGGAGUGGCGGCCCAACAGCUAUUGAAUGAAGCCGCUCCUCCUGCGCUUGUAUUGUAAACUAUAAAUUGGGAGGACUGCUAGGAAAGGAGCGCCAUUUCCUAUCCAUCUGCACUGCGGAUGUGAGGUUCGGUGUGAGGGAAAGGAAACCGCCCUGAAUUCGGAUGAAUUUGUAGUCUUUACUGAAUUCCUGAUAUAAAACUGAUCAAAAUGCAA